AUGCCACCUUAAAGGGCAGCUCCACCUUAACCCAGCCUGGAUGGUGCUUGUCUGUCUAUUGUGCAUCUCUUUUACUCCACAGGGUCAUUUCUGGGAUUUUGCUGUGUGAUAACAGAAAUCAGGAUAGGGGGUGGAGGAGGAGGGCAGCAGGGAGCUGUAGUUAUCUCUUCUGUGUUAAUCUUCCAGCUGGGAAAGGGAGGGAGGUUUCCGAAGUGCGUUGGUGGGAGGGCAUUUAUUAAACAUUGGAAAGCAGAGAGAGGAGGAAGAGGAUUAAAGGGCGAGAGAAAGAGAGGGAGUUAGUGCCUGAUUUUACAGGGGUCAUCCAUCUGCUCUACCUUUUGGAUGUAACAGUGAGCUAUUUCACUUGCUUUUCUCUCUCUGUUCCUCCCCUCUCCCUCCCAGUUGUCUGUGUAUCAAGGUCCCGGUGCAUCCGUAAUUAUCCGGGUAAUUAUCCGGCAACGCUGCAAGGCCGCCCACCCCACCCCAUAUCAUUCCAAUCCAUAUCCAAGCUGCUAGGGCAAUGGAGCUCAAGAAUGUGGUAGAGACUGUGGAAAGCGGGGAACAAGAUGCUAUCCUCAAGGUGCUGCAGAUCUACAACCAGGAGUUUGUUUUCACAGAAGUCUCAGUGUUUCACCUUUGAAGAUGAAGAGCGGGAGGAGAGGAAGAAAAUGGCCCAGCUACUGAUCAAGUUCUUGGAGAGAGAGCUCCAGCCCUCCUGCCAAGUCACAUGUUUGGAAAGCAUCCGCAUCCUGUCCCGGGACAAAGGCUGUCUUGACCCCUUUACCACUGGGGAAGGCCUGCAAACCUUGGCCAGACACGCUGGCAUUGAUUACUCAGAGGAGCUCAUUCGGGAAGUCCCAGACCUAGAUGUGAUCCUGGAGGCCCUCAAAUGCCUCUGCAACAUCGUCUUCAGCAGUCCCCGGGCACAAGAGCUGACGGCUGAGGCCCGGCUCGUGGUGGGUCUUACGGAGCGCAUCAAACUCUACAAUGAGAAGAACCUCCCCCAUGAGGUCAAGUUUUUUGACCUGCGUCUUCUGUUCCUGCUGACAGCACUGAGGGUGGACAUCCGGCAGCAGCUGGCCCAGGAGCUCAGGGGCAUCAGCCUGAUGACAGACACCCUGGAGCUGACACUAGGGGUGAAAUGGCUGGACCCCCAUGAAGUAGCCACUGAGGGGAGCCCUCCCCUGCCCCUGCCACGCCAGGAGACAGAGCGUGCCAUGGAGAUCCUUAAGGUGCUCUUCAACAUCACAUUUGACUCCAGCAAGAGGGAGGUAGAUGAGGGCCAGGAAGAUGCUGCUCUGUACCGACGCCUGGGCGCUCUCCUGCGUCACUGCCUGAUGAUUUCAGCUGAUGGAGAGGACCGGACAGAAGAAUUUCAUAGCCACACAGUUAACCUCUUGGGCAACCUCCCACUCAUGUGUCUGGAUGUCCUGUUGACCCCGAAGGUGCGGCCAGGCUCGCUUGAGUACAUGGGCGUCAACAUGGAUGCAGUCAGUGUCCUGCUGGAUUUCUUAGAGCGACGACUUGACAGGGGUCACAAACUGAAGGAGACCCUGACCCCUGUGCUGAACCUGUUGACAGAGAGUGCCCGUGUCCAUCGCCAAACGAGGAAGUUCCUCAAAGCUAAGGUGCUGCCUCCGCUGCGGGACGUGAAAAAUCGCCCCGAGGUGGGGAACUUGCUGCGGAACAAGCUUGUGCGCCUGAUGACUCACAUUGACACCGACGUGAAGCACUGCGCAGCCGAGUUCCUCUUUGUGCUCUGCAAGGAGAGCGUGUCGCGAUUUGUAAAGUACACAGGAUAUGGCAAUGCAGCUGGGCUCCUGGCAGCACGAGGCCUCAUGGCAGGAGGGCGGGCAGAGGGAGAGUAUUCUGAAGAUGAAGACACGGACACAGAGGAAUACAAGGAAGCUAAGCCCAACAUUAACCCAGUGACAGGCCGUGUGGAGGAGAAGCUCCCCAACCCCAUGGAAGGGAUGACUGAGGAGCAGAAGGAAUAUGAAGCCAUGAAGCUGGUUAACAUGUUUGACAAGCUGUCCAGACAGCAAGUCAUCCAGCCAAUGGGGAUGACUCCAGGGGGCAAUCUCACCUCUCUGGAGAACGCUGUGCAUGAGCUGGCAGAGGAGAGGUCAUCGUCUGACUCUGACUUGGGGUUGGACUGAUUCACACCUCUCAAACCCCCCUCCAAGGACUGUGGGCUCUCCACUCUCCCUCCAGAACUGGUGCUGCAUCCAGAGGAUAGUACUGAGUGAGGACUUUCCCAGUGGGAUCUGAAUCAGGACUGGAGUCCACUGCCCAGACAGAUAACAACCACUUCCUCUCUGGUCCCAUAACCACCUCUCCUUUCCCAAAGAGCUCGCCACAGCUUGGUUUCAUCUUGGUCUCUUUCCCUCCGUGUCCCUGAGGAUCUCACACUCCAACCCAAGCCCAGGAUUGUCCAGUAGGACUUUUAUAAAGAAACAUUGGGAAGGGGGAGGAGGGAAUAUCUUCUUACACCAACUGGGUCCAGUAGCAUGUGGAGCAUUGUGUGCGCUGACUUCUGUGUAGGCACAUCACUGUGUGCGCAUCUGAGUGUUUUUAUGGGGUGUGGGUGUGUUUAUAGUAUGUGAGGCACUUGUGCAGCGUGCAUACAUUUGUAAGGGCACACAAGGGUAUGCCUAUGUCAGAGAACAUUUGUGGGAAUUUGGGAACAUGAGAUGUGUGUGAAUGUGUAUGUAUAAGUGGAGUAUAUGCCUGGGACAUACGUGUAAUGAUUAAAAGAGUGUGGGCAUUACAUGUUUGCAUACUGAUGGUAUGUACUUGUAUGGGUGAGCCUGGGUAUAUUGGGUGUAUGCAAUUGUAUAUGUACAGAUGGGCACGUCAACGUGUAAUAUUUAGGUAUACAUAUAGAUAAUAUUUGUGGGCGUGUGAGGGGUGUAUACAUGAGUGGCUGUGGAGCGUACAGGUGGGAAUGUGGGUGUAAUUUUUAAGCACAUCUGCCUGUCGGGACUCAUGUUAGGAUACAUGUGCUGUGUGGGGAGCACAUGUGGGGGUAUGAGAAUAUAGCUCUUGUGAGAAACUUUCAGCACUCACACUGACUGCAGGACUGACAUUUGCAGGUGACUGUUUGCCAGCAAUGCUUUGAUUUGUAGUCUAUAGCACUGUGCAGUGUUCCUGUUUCCACUACCCUCAGUUUUCUGGACUAACUUCUCCCAUUCUGCUUUCUGAACGAAAGGCAGAGACCCUUGUGUAGUUUCCUGCUGAAUCAUCUGCUUCAGCUCCCACAAAUCCCCAGCUCUUUGCACUCCCAGGCUGGUAUCAAAUCCCCUCCUGCACUCUGGUGUAGACUUUUCUGUUUAAAGAAGAGAAACUAUCUUCCAAUUUGUCUCCUGUACCAAGAGUUUCAGAACAUAUUAGCACAAAUAGAAAGAAUUACACUAGAAUAAAGGAAACCUUCUGACAGA